GCUAAACACCCGUAGAAAUUGCUAUUCAAAUUAAACUCUUUCCCUUUAAAAUUUUAUUCUCUUCUUUUUCCUUUUUUUUUUUUUUUUUUUUUUGUUCCUUUCUCCUUUUAAUUGAAGUUUCUUUGGUAAUCGUGUUGAGCGUGGUGGUGUUAAUUGUUUUCCUUUCCUCCUUUCUGGGCUUUAGCGCCCUGUGGCCACGGAAAUCGAUGAUCGUCAGUAUUCAAUGGACCCGUCGUCAGUGCGCAAAGCUCCUCCAGCUGAAGAAGAUGAGUGGGACACUGAUGGGUUCGUGAUUCCCAGCUUGGGAAUAGAAGAGGCAGACCAAACAAGAGUUGGUUCUCCAAAAGUAGAAAUCGAAGAACCUCCCCCAAAGGUUAAAGAAGAGACGACGAUCUAUCUUGGCCCACAUGGCGCACCACCAUCACAGUCAAAACAAGAUUUGAACCCCACCAAUCGUAAGCAACGGUUAAAGCAGAAAUUGAAGGAAGCAGACCGGAGGACCACGACAGGACGAGAGAAUAAGUUGGAAAAUUUAAGAGAGCUUGUAGGUGGUGGAAAAUCAAGCACCAAUAUGGCUAAGGGUUCUUCUAGGGACUGGCUUGACCCACACUGCCAUGAGGCUGAGUUCGAGAAGUAAUGUCCACAGAGAUCAAAGUAUUUUAUAAGACAGCUUAAGAAAGUUAGCACAGUUUUUGAGAUAAAGAUCGGAUUGGUCGUUCUAUCAGUCUAUUAAUCUGUCCUUUCGAGACAAUGUACCCUUCUCUAUAUUUACAUAAAGCUGGGAGUUUAUAACUAUAAUAAGUUUUGCAUUGGAGCUUUGAUGGUAUAAAUGAAGCAGUUGCUUACAAAGCAGAGAUUUGGUGAAGCUAAUUCAUUGAAUGAUUUUAAUCUUCCGAA